GGAGGAACACAUCUAAAUACUACUACCAUAUCACUUAUGCAUACUGGAGGAUGCGACUUCCAACAAGAUACACCAAAGACUACACAAACAUAUAUACAGCUAUUACAACUCUCUAAUUAUAAUUACGUCGAAGUUAUACAAUGUAAAAUAGAAAUAUCCAGAACUGUUUAUCACUGUGGGAUGCACUCUCACGUCUCUAUUGUGCACAAUGGUCAAGCUAGCUAUUUGCAAGGAACAUCGCACGAACAAUGUCUACGCAUGCAUCGUGAAGGAAUGUUGCGAUUAGGAGCAGACGAAAUUAUUGAUCAAUUAAAACCAAACAGUACAAUUUAUAGAAGCGUAACACUGGCAGGAAAAGCAGGAGUAGACGGUACCUGCAAAGGCGCUAUGUACUCUGAUUAUUAUGGCACUUGGGAAGAUGUAGUAGUCCAGGCACAAGUGACAAUAUCAUUGCGAACGGCCUAUGUACCGGUACAUCUAGAAUUAGGAAAGGUUAUAUUAAAAUCAGGAACUACGUGUCCUCUCUCAGAAGGAACUUGUUUAGACUCGGACGAUGGAUAUACUUUUUGGCAACCUCUUCCAAAUUCAGCAUGCAAAUUUAACCAUUAUGAUGUUUUAUAUGAAGGAAAUGCCAUGAAAAUGCAAGGCAACAUAGAGUCACAAGACACUACAAUUUACACAUUGACAACACAAGACAUUACAUUUGCUCUAACUUUAACAAGACCACAUAUUAUUUGUGGAUAUACUCUAAUGGGAACUGAGCAUCCAAAAUUGUUUAUUUUUGAAACAAAGCAAGGAAAUACAUUCAAAACAAAAACAGAAACUCCUAUUGAUAAUUUAGAUAUUUUUACAUAUAUAAACUCCAAAUUUGUAUAUGUCGAAAGACAUAUUAGGACCCAGAUGAAGGCACUGUAUUAUGAUAUAAUACAACAAAAAUGCGAGUUAGAAAAACAAGUGUUACAAAAUACCUUGUCUCUCGCUACAUUAUUACCAGACGAAUUUGCUUUCCGUCUGAUGAAGGCACCUGGGUAUAUGGCUGUUGCUGCUGGCGAGGUUAUACAUGUUGUAAAGUGUAUACCGCUCGAAGUCGUACUACGACGAACAAACUCAUGCUAUACCGAUUUACCAGUAAUGCUCAGUAACACAUCUUACUUCAUAACGCCUAAAUCACGAAUUCUUACACGAUACAGCACUGAAAGAAACUGUAAUCCUCUUUUACCUAUACAAUUUCAUAUCGAGGAUACGUGGAUACAAUUCAAUCCAACACCAAACAUGGUAUUACCACCCCAGAUACUGAAACCUUUAACAAAGCUCACAUGGACAUACUUAACCCCAGCCGCACUCGCAACUAGUGGCAUUUAUUCCGAGAAAGACUUAGAAAAUUUACGUGAUCAUAUCAUGUUUCCUGCGGAAAAAGGAGCAGUACUACAUACCAUCGCCCGAGGAUUUGCAGGACAAUCAAUUAACGACGGCAGUAUUUCAAUUCAGCAUUUACUAGACGAAGAUACAUUAAACAAAAUAUACAAUAACACCGCUUCUAGAAUAUGGAAUGGCUUUGUAACUUUCGGAUCUGCCACCGCAGGAGUAUUCGGAAUCUUUGUACUCAUACGAGUUAUAAAAAUCGUAUUCGACACUCUAAUACACGGUUAUGCGUUACAUUCUGCAUACGGCUGCAGUCUACACAUGUUUGGCGCGUUAUGGAGCUCCGUUACACACUUACUAUUACAUUUAGCAACCGAUCCUAAAAAGAAACAAAAAAAAGAAACGCCGAAUCAACAAACUGUACAUACAGCAACCAACGUAGAAUUAUCAAACGAAACGCCGAAUCAACAAACUGCACAUACAGCAACCACUAUUCCAUCUGUAUAUUCUUAUCGCGAAUUACAAGCACAAAUGAAUGAAAUCAGACAAAUCCCUCAAAGCUAAAGUAUUUCGGGAUUUUUCUUUAUAAGAAGGGGGGUGUAACGUCCGGAUCUAUUUUAGAACAUUAACAAUAUAUUAUUAUAGACCGGGAGGCCGACUUGUCUGAUUUCAGACAUCACUAGAUAUUAUAUCCCUAUGUUACUAGAUGUA